AUGUCCUCCAAGACUAGAUACUACCUUGAGCAAUGUAUUCCGGAAGUGGACGAUCUGGUCGACAAGGGACUCUUCACCAAGAGGGAAGUCUCGGCGAUAAUGAGCAAGAGAACAGAUUUCGAACAUCGUUUAAACUCCAGAGGUUCGUCGAUCAAUGAUUACAUGAAAUAUAUCAGUUAUGAGAAGAGCGUGGAUAAAUUACGUCAGAAGCGUGUGAAGCGUUUACUGGAGGCCUCGAAGACUAAUAGUAUCUCGGACUGGUCAAUCCAACAGAGAAUUGCGUUUAUAUACCAGAGGGGCUGCAAGAAGUUUCCGAAAGAUCUGAAAUUCUGGGCCAUGUAUCUGAACUACCUGAAGACACGAGGUAACACUACAUCUUACAGAAAGAUCCACAAUGUCUACAACGAGCUGCUGAAACUGCAUCCAAACAACGUCGAAGUGUGGAUAAGCUGUGCCAAAUACGAGUAUGAGGUACAUGCCAACUUCAAGAGUUGCAGAGUUGUAUUUCAAAAUGGCCUCGCGUUUAAUCCUGACGUGCCCAAACUAUGGUACGAAUAUGUCAAGUUUGAAUUAAACUUUAUCACCAAAUUAAUCAACAGAAGGAAAGUUAUGGGGCUUAUUAAUGAGAGAGAACAGCAGAUGGACAUGUUGAAGGAGCAGGAGAAAGGAAGAGAUGUCAAUGACGACGGCGGAAUCACAGCGCCUUCAACCGGUGAUGCUAUGAAGGAUAAACUGAAUGAACUACCUGAAGCUGACAUGAAUAUGUUGGGCAAUGAAGAGACCAAUCCAGCUCUUCGGGGUGAUAUUGCUUUAACCAUAUUCGAUGUCUGCAUGGACAAGCUAGGCGAAUGCUAUAUGAAGAAGAACCGGGGUUAUUUUGCCGUUACUGAUGCCAGAUUGAGCAAAGAUUUGUCAGUGGAAACAGUGAAAUACCUCUAUGAUAUUUCGAAAGAUUUCAUUUCCUUAUUUGACCAAUUUCAAGAUUUACAAAGAGAGUAUUUGAUAAACCAUGCUCUCGCGUACUGGAAGCAAUCACAUUACUCAAUAUCGCUACAGGAUGAACUACCCGAGCUUUACAUUAAUAUGAUUAUGAAUGACAUAACGCUGAACAUCAGAUAUAUGUCGCUCGAGUCGCUAGAGGUGGAUAAAUUACAGCUUUCAGUUAAGAAGUAUUUCGCCUAUAAGAGCAAGAUGGACGGUGGGCUGGCAAAGGACCUCCAGAAAACCUACAGCGAAUUUCUGCGAGAAAACUACACGGAUAAGGUUGAAAAAGAUUCCGAUCCUAGGUAUAAUACCUUAAUGUUCAUUAUUAAGAAACUGUAG